AUGUCGUCGGAAUAUAUCCCUGUAGAAAUCCAGACGGAAAUCUUGAAAAGGCUGCCUGUAAAGCCGUUAGCCCGAUUCCGAUCGGUCUCAAAACCAUGGAAGCGUCUGAUCGACAGCCGAGAUUUCAUUGUUUCUUACGGUGCUCGUCACCCGCAGCCCCAUCGUUUCUUACAUAGAAAUAAAGAAGAGAAUAAAUAUUUCACCUCUUUUGAGGAUCAUAGUUUUGUCGAAAAAGAAUUUGGAAGCGAAGAUCCUUGUGUUGUCCCUGAUCUCCUUUCAAGGUACGAAGGUAACUUUGUUGGUAGCUCUCACGGUUUGUUGUGCUUAUACAUAAUCUAUCACGAACAUAUGUCUGAUUCCUGGUCGAAGUUAUCACGCGAGAUGGUUGUUGUUUGGAAUCCUUCAAUAAAGAAAUCCGUUGGCAUUCCGGUCCCUUAUAUCUAUCAUGAUUCCCGGAGUAAAGCUGGGAUUCGUAAUGCUUUUGGUUUUGGGGUUUGUCCUGUCACUUUUGAUCCUAUUAUUCUCAAGAAUAAAUGGAUGUCUUGGGGUGACUAUGGCCCUUGGAGAGUUCGAGUUUUUACUUUGAGCACCGGGGCUUGGAGUGUUAUAUCUACCAAUCUGCCUCGCGGAUCAAUUGAACUUAGAGGGCCUCAGGUUGUUAUCGAUGGGUUUAUUUAUUGGCUUGCUAAAGAUAGGCUUGCUGCGGAAAAUGGUGGAUCUGAAUCAAUCAUGUCAUUUGAUUUGACUGCCAAGGAAUUUAAGGAGGUUAAUCUCACAGGUUUUUUAUCAAACCGGACUUGUAGUAUUGAGACUAUAUCUAAGCUACGGGAGUCUCUUGUUUUGCUUGAAUACCAUAGAGAGGAAGACGUAUCAGUUUGUUCUUUGUGGAUGAUGAUGAAGGAGCGGGGUGGGGGUGUUGGUAGAUUGUUUUCAAAGCUAUACAACAUCAACGUGCCAGAUACCAAAAUUAAUAAAUUAGUAGGAUUUAAAAAGACCGGUGAAGUUAUACUAGUAACACAAAAAAGUCCAUACGGAAACGGCAAUCUUGAGAUUUUCGAUCCCAACUCAGAAGCCAUUGAUAAACUUGGGAUUUACGCUAGAGUAUAUUCCUUCAUUAUGUGUUCUUAUAUGGAAUCACUGCUUUUGCUUGAUCAGUUAGAUGGUUUUAUAUAUUCGAUCGGUAACUAA